AUGCCACAAGCAAAGAAGAGCACAGAGACCCUGACCCCAGCGCCCCCCGGCCGUUCCCGAAGCCUUCUGCGGGGCCUGCCGUCGCCUGCUCUAUGCUGUGCCUGUGGCUUGUGCGUGCUGCUGGCAGGCCUGAACGUGACACUGGUGGGAGCUUUCUCAACCUUCCUGCCGGGACACAACGUACCGCUGGUGGUGGGGCCCGCACUGCUCGUGCUGGCGCUUGGCUUCUUUGCUGCCUGCUGCGUGUGCAGCCGCCGGGGCCCAGCUCCCCGCACGCGCUCCUCUGCCACUGCGGGUCAGGGCGGCGGGCGUCCAGGGACUGUGGCACUGGAGAUGGAGAGCAGCGAGCGCACGGCGCCGGACACGACGGCGGUGCAGCUCAGUCCAGCUGCCUCGGCUGCAUCCUCCAGCCGUUCCAGCCCUGGCCCAGGCCUCUUUGCCCUGGACCCUCCGGCACCUGCAACCGCAGCCCCCUACUUGCCGCGCAAUGAAGGGACCCAGGUCAACUUCCCUCGGGACCUACCUGCCUCCUAG